AUGGAUCAGCUGUCCCGGAAAAGAUCAAAGGCCAAGGACCACUAUCCAAUAAUGGAACUUUCAACCAGCCUCCUUGCUGUCGUUGUUACCACGUGUGGCAUUGCCCUGGUGGCAGUCUUUCUCUUUCUCCUUUGGAAGCUGUGCUGGGUACCCUGGAGGAGCAAGGCCCUGUCCUUAAGUGUUGCUGCCCUCUCCCUGCCCUACGCUGCCCCAUCUGCAGGAGAACAAGAGAAGGAGAAGAUGGCAGCAGACAAGCUUAAAGAGCCGGGGGCCAUGAGCAUCCUGGAAGCGGCGGUGAAAAUCAGCCACACUUCUCCAGAUAUUCCUGCUGAAGUUCAGCUCUCGAUGAGGGAACACAUUCUGAGACGCGCUCGCAUGCAGAGGCAGUCAACAGAGCCUGCAUCUUCCACCAGGCACAGCUCUUUCAAGAGACACCUGCCUAGGCAGAUGCAUGUAUCCAGCCUGGAUUAUGGCUCAGACAUCCUAUACGUCGACGAGCAGCCCACCAGCAUCGGUCGAAUUAAGCCGGAGUUGUACAAGCAGAAGUCAGUAGAGUUGGACGAGUCAGCAAAGGACAGUGGGAAGACAUGCGGCAAAAUUAAUUUUUCUCUCAAGUACGACUACGAGAAUGAAAUGCUCAAUGUCCGCAUCCUCAAGGCUUUAGACUUGCCUGCUAAGGACUUCUGUGGUAGCUCGGACCCCUACGUAAAGAUCUACCUGCUGCCUGACCGCAAGCGGAAGUUCCAAACGCGGGUGCACCGCAAAACCCUGAAUCCCACCUUUGAUGAGUCCUUCCAGUUUCCUGUGCCCUACGAUGAGCUUGUCAACCGUAAACUACACCUCAGCGUCUUCGACUUUGAUCGCUUCUCUCGGCACGAUAUGAUCGGUGAAGUCAUCCUGGACAAUCUCUUUGAAGCCUCAGACCUCUCCAGGGAGACAUCUAUUUGGAAGGAUAUCCAGUAUGCCACCACGGAGAGUGUUGAUCUGGGUGAGAUCAUGUUUUCACUGUGUUACCUGCCGACUGCUGGACGCCUGACCCUGACCGUCAUCAAAUGCAGGAACCUCAAGGCAAUGGACAUCAAUGGAUACUCAGAUCCCUAUGUGAAGGUGUCUUUACUUUGUGAUGGACGCCGCUUGAAGAAGAAAAAGACCACUAUCAAGAAGAACACGCUUAAUCCCACAUACAACGAGGCCAUCAUCUUUGACAUCCCACCUGAGAAUAUGGACCAAGUCAGCCUUCUUAUCUCCGUCAUGGACUAUGACCGUGUGGGACACAAUGAAAUAAUUGGAGUCAGUCGAGUUGGAAUUAAUGCAGAGGGUCUUGGCCGAGACCACUGGAAUGAGAUGCUGGCCUAUCCCCGGAAACCAAUCGCUCACUGGCACCCCUUAGUGGAGUCAAAGAAAUCUGUGAAAGAGUGGCAAGGCCGCACAGCAAGCUUUGAUAGCCAGGGAUCGUGUCCAUCUCCUAAACCACCAUCCACCCCUUGAAAGGACAUCAUCCAAAGGAAGACCCCGUAGCCACUGCCAGCAUGGAUCUGCCCCUUUCUUUUCACCGACAUCUUUUCGCCCAAGGACAUCUCUAACAUCUCGGAUACUGAAAUGGUCAACAAACCUAGAAACCACUUCUUAGCAUGGUAUGGUGCUCAGUCCAAAGACCAAGAUCAAUGCUGUUUCGAAACUCUGAAGCCAUCUUCUUCAGUCUACAUGGUAGCAAAAGCUCUGCCAUCACUCCACAAUUAUCCAUAGUUACAUUAAAAGGCAGAAAUACUGAUUGGAGGCUUAUUUGUGUGGUAAAAGGGUAGUUGUGUUACUUGAUGGUUGUGAUAGAGCUGGUCUGGGUAGCAUUCAGAACACAUUCAUCCAA